CUGCGAGGCUGCCACCACUCUCAUGUCAGCUCGGAGAAACAACAAAUGCUACCAUUCCAAGCUUUCGUCAGGUGAUGAUCCACUUCUGAAACUAACAGACCUCACUCUGACCUCAGUGCCAUCACCUCUUGCGUGCUCAUCGCUCUCCUCCGUCUCACCAUAAAUACCCACCUCCGCAUCAACUCGCUGACACACUCGAAGCCUCUCCGAGCUCAGAAGCAGUACGCAACGAUGAAGGUAGCACCUGCAGGCAUCCUCCUCGUCCUCGCAUUUGCACUCGUGGUGGUCGAGCCAACCCGUGCUUUCACUUGCAUCCAAGUCGAGGCGUGCCUGACUCCGUGCCUCACGUACCUGACGGGGCAGCAGCCGGCGCCGACGCCCGCGUGUUGCGACGGUGUUCGGAGGCUCGAGAACAUGGGCAUCACCCCCGCCGAGCGCCAGUUCGCAUGCAACUGCGUGAAGCAUGCGGCGGCGCACUUCCCCAACCUGAAAGACGACGCGGUCAGCGACCUGCCGAGGCUGUGUGCCACGCCGCUUCCCUUCCCCAUCAGCUUGGAGUUUGACUGCUCCAAGAUUCCAAACUAGGAGGAAAGCUUUGGGUGGCAAUAAAGGGCAGUGGCAUCGAUCUCUGGCAUUGUGCAGCUGCCUGAGAAUACGAGACUAUAUUAUCAGUAGGGAUAUAUGUAGGAAGAAAAGACGCAGCUUUCUUGCUGACACGCGCGAUGAAUAGCCUCUUCUUCAUGUUAUGAAUGUCACCAUGAUCGAGCAAGAAAUA